GUUUUAGUGCCUAUUCGUUCAUAAAACCCAAGUAAAUGAUUGCAAUUUCAAAAUGUAUGGUAUCAUUUAGUACUUUCAGCGUAAUCAAGCAAUCAAGAUAUCUUAUCAAUCAGCUGAUCGCCAAAACAUGAACAAAUAUUGAACAGGGUGCUGAAUAUUUACGAUUUUCUUAGCGGGCGCAUUUUCAAUGACAUUUCGGCGAUGAGCUCAACAUUGGUGGAUCGAUAUGCGUCAUAACAAAGGUAAAAGGUUUCCAAAGCAAGGAUUUUUGUAAGCUGCACGCGAAUUGGGAAAUCAUUUAUAACAAGAAGGACUCCAAGGGCGAUUCUGCCGUCGAGAGGUUUACUACCGGCUAUGAAGGUCGACAUACACCCUCAAACAGAUGAUCCAACGUUGGCGUGGAAAGGAAUUUCAAAAUCACAGCGCGUAAUUAAAAUCAACACCAAACCGCCCAACACGGAUAUUCCCAGCAACAAAGUUCGUGUAGUAUGCAUGUCCGAUACCCAUUCUCUCACGCACCAUAUCAAAUUCGAUAUCCCGGAUGGGGAUAUAUUCAUUCAUGCGGGGGAUUUCACACGAUGCGGCAAAUUGAACGAAGUGAUUGAUUUCAACAGCUGGUUAGAAAAACUUCCCCACAAGCAUAAGCUGGUCAUCGCCGGAAACCACGAGCUGAGCUUCGACCAUACGUUCACUCAUCCGUUCCAGAAUGCGAACGCAUGUUGUAAAAAGACCGGCACAACGAUUUUGGAUGAGAUCCCAACUCUGGGAAAUUCGAAGGAAUGUCUAGCGGAGGCGGUCAAAACACAAAACAUUCGACAGUACCUGAGCAACUGUGUGUAUCUGCAGGAUGAAAGUAUUGAGCUGUACGGGUUGAAAAUCUAUGGAACUCCUUGGCAACCGGAGUUUUGCAAGUGGGCAUUCAAUGUUAAACGUGGAAGAGAGUGUCUAGACAAGUGGGACAUGAUUCCCGAAAAUCUGGACAUUUUGAUAACUCACACACCACCCGUCGGUCACGGUGAUUUGUGCUGUUCUGGGGUAAGGGCGGGAUGCGUGGAGCUGCUCAGCACUGUGCAGCAAAGGGUCAAGCCACGCUAUCACGUGUUCGGCCAUGUGCACGAAGGAUACGGGAUCACUUCGGACGGUAAGAUCAUUUUCAUCAACGCCUCGACCUGUGACAUUAACUAUUUGCCCAACAAUCAACCGAUUGUGUUUGAUAUUACCCUCCCGAAGGGCGUCAACAAGGAUGAGGCUUAACUUGAAGAUAUUUGUAAUUAGGCAUUUGUAGGAUAAAAUUAACAGCACUGAGGCCAUGACAUAGACUUGAACUAGUUUAACCUGCGUGUAGCCAAAUACUUUUUUUAUUCCUAGACCUAGCUUGAUUAAUAAGAAAUUUUCAAAUGAAUGGAAACCAAACGGGGUGAUAAUUCGAACUAUCAAAAAGUAUUUAGCCAAUAAACUAUACUAGUGAAGCUUCCAAUUGAGGUUUAUUUAUUUUUUCAAAAUAGUCUGCGGAUGUAAACAAAAAGCUUCGCGAAAACUGCAAAGAGCACAAGUUUUAUAUUUUCGAGGUAACUGUUUUGU